AUCGUCGUUAAACAUGAACUGUGUGUUCGACGGGAACAGUGUAAAAGCUUUUGGAAAAGCCAUUCAGGCACUUUCACGGAUUGGAGAUGCGUUGUGGAUCGAUCCCACGGUCAGAGGGCUGGCACUGAGAUCGGUGAAUGCAGCUCAGUCUGCAUAUGCCUGCUUCCUCUUCUCACCCAUGUUCUUCCAGAAGUACAGCCUGGCAUCACAGGAGGCCGGUGAACCUAUUAAAUGCAAACUGUCCAUGAAGUCUUUGCUGCCACUCUUCCGUUGUUUGACUUCCAUUGAGCGUAACGUGGAGCGAUGCCAGAUAUCAGUCAACACUGCCAGUGACAGAGUACUGAUCCAGUUUUUUUGCAAGCAUGGCAUCACAAAAACCCACAACCUGCGUUACCAGGAGAGUGCGGCACUGCAGGCUGUGUUUUCGUCACAGCUCUGUCCCAAUGUGAUGAAGGCUCCAGCCAGACUUCUUGCAAACAUGGUGAUGCAUUUCCCAGCAUCUCAGGAGGAAGUCACUCUGUCCAUAGCUCCUUUCCGAGUCAGUCUGAUGAACUACCAUGAAGACGCAAAUGAUCACAUGAAGAUGAUUCACACCGAGAUGGCCUUGCACUCAGACGAGUUUGACUAUUUUCAGUCUGCAGGGGACUCUGCCAUAACCUUUUGUCUGAAGGAGCUGAGGGGUUUGCUGUCCUUUGCCGAGUUACAUUGUUUACCAGUUUCAAUCCACUGCGGUGCUGCAGGAACGCCCGCGUGCUUUUCUGUGGAGGACCUGGUCCUGGAAGCCACCGUCGUGUUGGCCACCCUCAUCGAGUCUGACAGCAGAGGCCUGUCCCAAGCAAUAAAUACCCCAGACCCAAUUUCACCCAGGUGUGCAGAUGCUGCUGCGGUCUCAUGCGAGGCCGCCACACCUCAACCUCUCGUCCAUCAUGAUGGGAUGGAGAUGGUGGCAUCCAGCCAGGGCAGCCCCUUCGACCUGUCGGCCACACACCAUCACAGCCUCCUUAGACUCGAUGAGACCUGGGACACGACCAGCCCAGCUUCCUCCAUGAUCUGCUCCCUGCUGUUCCGGGCUUUGUCUGCAGAGCAAGGUGAGAGUCCUGCUGCCGCGCUUUGUGUUCUGGCUCACCACAGCGACAUGGAGGAGGAUGAAGACUCUGGAAGAGAAGCUUCUGUCUAAGAACGGUGAACCACUUCCCCCCCACGAACCACAAGGAAGCCAGAGUCCCCUAAGUUGGCCGUAUGCAGCUGGUGAUUCUGGCGGUCCAACACCACAAUGCAGGCUGUGCUGCUGCCUGGAAAACACACAUGCGACAUAAAAG